AUGUUCUCCCGUGCCGCUAUACGGGUCAGGAGCGUUCUGCUUCGACAGAGGCAAUGGGUGCGAUAUCGUACUACUGCACCUACGACUACAGCAACCGAUGUUCAAAAACAAAAGGAUGACGAUAUGUUGGAAACCAUUGACAUCGAAGACCUUCCCCGAGCUCAAAAACGGUUUGCGAAGCAGUUUGAGAAGGUAAACGAAGAGCGAAUAAAGGAGCUCUUUGCGAAGAAUUACAAAAACCACAUCGCUAUGGCGGUGUUGGUUUGCCUUGUCAUUGGUAUCUACUAUUACACGAUUCACGCCGUAAAGCAAGAAACGUUUCUCGAAGAAAUCGACGAAGAAAUGGCUGCAGAGCGACCGAGUACACAUGGUCAUUUACGACCGGCCCAAAAAUCAUAA